AUGGCAAAUGAAACUGCCCCAACUGAGUUCAUCAUCAUGGGGUUCUCCAUCCUCCAGCAGCUGCAGUUCUUGCUCUUUGGCGUCUUCUUGGUCACCUACCUGUGCACCCUGGUGGGGAACAUCUCCAUCAUCAUCAUCGUCUGCACGGAUGCCCAGCUCCGCACCCCCAUGUACUUUUUCCUGGGGAACCUCUCUUUCCUGGACCUCUGUUACACCACCACCAAUGUCCCCCAGAUGUUGGUGCACCUGCUGGUGGAAAGGAAGAGGAUCAGCUAUGCAGGAUGCAUUGUCCAGCUCUAUUUUUUCCUGGCCUUUGUGGGCACGGAGUGUAUCCUCCUGGUGGUGAUGGCUUAUGACCGCUAUGUGGCAAUAUGCAACCCCUUGCACUACUUGGUCAUCAUGAGAAAAUCCCUCUGCUUCCAGCUGGCUGGUGCCGCUUGGGCCAGUGGCUUCCUCAACUCUGCAGUGCACACGUUUUUCACCUUUCGGCUGCCCUUCUGCGGGGCCAACCAGAUCAACUACUUCUUCUGCGACAUCCCGCCCCUCCUCAAGCUCUCCUGUGGAGACACUUCCCUCAAUGAGAUUAUCCUGCUUGCUGUCGGGGUCUUCAUUGGGUGGAUCCCAUUCCUGUGCAUCGUCCUGUCUUACGUUUACAUCAUCUCCACCAUCCUGAAGAUACGCUCCACAGAGGGGAGGCUCAAAACUUUCUCCACCUGCGGGUCCCACCUGACCAUUGUCCUGCUGUAUUAUGGGAGCUCCAUCUUCACUUAUGUCAGGCCCAUAUCCAGCUACUCGCUGGACAGUGACAGACUGAUCUCAGUGCUUUACAGCAUAGUAACCCCCAUGUUGAACCCAAUGAUCUACACUCUGAGGAACAAAGAUGUGAAGGGGGCUCUGAGAAAAAUGCUCAUCAGAUGUCAUGUGUAA